AAGCAGCGCAGACUCAGCUACACAGACCACAACCUACCCAGCCCGAGAGGGGAACGACACUGCUGAAAAUUGUUCUCAGAAAACCUGGGUGAACUUCUUCAGAGGUGUGAAAGAGGCACAAGAGUCCCACCACUUUCCACAUCUUAAAACUUUGGACGGAGGAGACUGACGGCCUUUUUCGCCCGGUAUGUCGGCGUGGGACCUGUUAGUCACGGUGGAGGACCUGGGGUCUGACACGCCACCUGUCACCCUCAGCGUGGCCUCUGACCUCCACGUUGGAGGGGUCAUCCUGAAGCUGGUAGAAAAGACACAGAUAAAGCGUGAUUGGUCAGACCAUGCACUGUGGUGGGAACAGAAGCAGCGGUGGCUGCUGCGAACGGCCUGGACUCUGGAGAAAUAUGGCAUCCACGCUGACGCCCGGCUUGUCUUCAUGCCCCAACACAAGCCCCUGAGGCUGGGGCUUCCAAACGGCAACACCCUGAGGCUCCGUGCCUGCUUCUCCAGUUCCGUCUUCCAGACAGUGAUGGGUGUCUGUAGGAUGCUCAAUAUCCGUCAUCCCGAGGAGCACUCGUUCCUGCGACCUGUUGAGGAAAAAAAGAAGAAAAAAGAUAAAGACUCGGCUGAGGAGAUUUAUGACCUGACCGAGGUGCCUCUCUCCUCAGCAUCCCGGCCCUGUCUGUAUAAUGGCAUGCCUGCUCACUUUGCCGACUCACCUCAGAUGGAGGCCAUCUACAAGAUGCUGUCAGUCACCCAGCCUCCCCCUGCCCCCGAGGUCAUAACCAAGCAGUUCCGACCAGCCAGCGUGGUAGACAAGGCCCACAUCAACGGCAGGUGGUUGGACUCAUCUCGUUGUCUCAUGCAGCAGGGAAUCCAAGAAAAUGACAGAGUCUGGCUUCGUUUCAAAUACUUUGCCUCCUAUGAUAUAGAUCCUAAGUAUGAUGUUGUGCGUCUGACCCAGCUGUAUGAGCAGGCGCGCUGGGCCAUCCUGCUGGAGGACAUCGACUGCACAGAGGAGGAGAUGAUGUUGUUUGGAGCUCUACAGUACCACAUCAGUAAGGUGUCUGAGUCGGAGCCCCAGGCGCUGAGCUCCAGUGCAGCCAUGGACGACCUGGAGUCUGCCCUGCAGUCCCUGGAGGUCAAGAUGGAGGGAGAGAGCAGCUCCGCCUCCGAGAUGCUGGAAAACAUGACUGCACCAGAACUCAAUGACUAUCUGAAGAUAUUCAGGCCAAAGAGGCUGACUCUUAAAGGAUAUAAGCAGUACUGGUUCAAGUUCCAGGAUACCUCCAUCUCUUAUUUCAAGAGCAAAGAGGAGAGCAUUGGAGAGCCCAUUCAACAGAUUAACCUCAAAGGAUGUGAGGUGGCUCCGGACGUUAACGUGACAGCCCAGAAGUUCUUAAUUAGACUCCUGAUACCAGCGCCUGAGGGCAUGAACGAGGUCUAUCUGCGCUGUGAAAAUGAGCAGCAGUAUGCUCAGUGGAUGGCUGGGUGUCGACUGGCCUCCAAAGGCAAAAGUCUGGCUGACAGCAGUUUCCAGAGUGAGAUCCAGAGCAUCCGCUCCUUCCUGGCUAUGCAGAAAACCAGCUCAGGUUCCCAUGGCAACGCAAAUGCUAACGAUGAAAGCAUCAAUCCUCACAGUCUGGUGUCGCCACGCUACCAUAAGAAGUACAAAGCCAAACAGCUGACUCCUCGUAUCCUGGAUGCAUACCAGAACGUGGCUCAGCUCUCACUGACAGAUGCAGUGAUGCGCUUCCUGCAGAUCUGGCAAGCCCUGCCAGACUUCGGGCUCUCAUACGUUGUUGUCAGGUUUAAGGGCAGUCGUAAGGACGAGGUACUGGGCAUUGCUCCCAACCGUCUGAUCCGUAUCGACCUGGCUGUGGGGGAUGUGGUGAAGACCUGGCGCUACAACAACAUGAAGCAGUGGAAUGUCAACUGGGACAUACGACAGGUGGCCAUAGAGUUUGAAGGCAACAUCAACAUUGCUUUCGCCUGCGUGACCGCCGACUGCAAAAUUGUUCACGAGUUUAUUGGAGGCUACAUUUUCAUGUCGACACGCAGUCGUUCGAAGAGUGACACGCUCAAUGAAGAGCUUUUCCACAAGCUGACUGGUGGCCACGAAGCUCUCUAACAAAAAAUAAAUAAAUCCCACAUAAGGUCUUCUAUGUGCCUCAACAGAAGGACACAUUAUGGAAUAGAAAAAAACGUAAAAACGGUCUGAUCUUGUGUCUAUCUGUCUAUCAGUCUAUCCUUUUAUAUAUCCUAUGUUAUACACAUUCACAGAUAUAGUGGAUGGACAACAUGUUCAGACAGUUCAAGACUCAAGGUGUUCGCCAUGCUGACUCUUAACUUCAGGAUGGACUGUUGCUGGUUCAAACUGCUGGACAUCAGAACCAGUCUCAGCAGGUUUGAAAACCAAACUAAUGAAAAUGUAAAAUUAACUGUUGCAUCAGCUAGCAAAUAGUUUCCUGUUUCGAUUUGCAGCGUCCAGACUUCCUUUUGCUCAGGAUGGAAAUCCUUGCUUUGUAAAGAGCUGCAGUCUUAUUGCCAGCAGCCAUAAUAUCACUGCCAAGAAUUCAAACAAGGCGUAGAAAAACACAUGCCAAAAGUAAUUGUUUUCACUAAUAAACAUGUAUUCAAGUAAA